UCAGGGAUUGGUCAAUUUUACGGAAGGCGGGGAGGAUAGUAGCAUUUCAACCAAUCACGACAGAGACGCGAAAUGAAUUGUGGGUCUCUCGCUCAUUGUUUGAAGGUGCAGAGUUGAGUAAGAUAGCAGCAGCCCAGAUGCUGAUGCAUAUGAGUCUGUCUGGCUGAUGUUUGGUCGUCUUGGGCUGAAGCUGAUGGUGAGAACGAGAUAGCAGCGAUGAUGGAGCUUCCUGAGGCGGAAGCUUCAGGCCAGAACGCCAGAAAAGAGGAGGGCGCAUCGGCAGCAGCUCAGGAAGCAGACGGGCCUGAGCCAAAGCCGGGGAGGUCGUCCUUAAAAAGGGCCGCAGAAGGCAAUAAAGUUCAAGAAAGAAAAAAAAGGGCUGCACAGGCCAAAGCGAAGAAAGCCAAAAAGGCCCGAGCGACGCGGCCAGCUCGGCCGGGCUACACCGUGCAGGAAGGGGAAGACAUGCUGUUCGUCAUCUCCAACGCCGCCUCCCAGUACGACGGCCUGGUUUGGGCCCCUAAGAAGAAGCAAAGCAGGAGGACGAAGCCGGGCAAAGAGAAGCUCAGAGCCACUCAGACUAAGAGAAAGAAGAAGGUCUGUGCCAGGAAACCGCCAAAGCCAGUGAAGGAGGAGCCAGCCGGGGCAGCCCCUCUGGAGGACGCCUGUCCCAGAUGGGGCCACAGUGUGCCAGAGGAGGUGCUGGUCAGCAUCUUCCAGAUGGUGGUCGUCCAUGACGGCGCCGUGCCCUUUCUCUGCAGAGUGGGCCAGGUGUGCCGGCUGUGGAACGCCGCUGCCUCCAGUCCGGCCCUGUGGCGCAGAGUGACCUUAGGCCACUGCUGGAUCGCACCAGGAAAGGACCAGCUGCCCAAAACCGAGAGGAGGGUGAAGGACACUGUCAGCUGGCUGGCAGAGAACAGAUUCUCUCAGCUGCGAGACUUCUCUCUGUGCCACUGGAGGAAAAACAUUGACUUCACAUUGGAGGCCGUUUCUCGGUGCUGCCCCCAGCUGGCCUCCAUCAAGCUGUCCUUCUGCUCUGGGCUGACUACGAGGGCCUUCGACUGUCUGGGUCAGCACAGCCGCAGCCUGCACAGCAUCGACCUGCAGCACUCAGAGUUUCAGGUUGAAGGACUCUUGGGGUACCUGGAGCAGUUUGGGGCCCAGAUCAAACAAAUCCUCUUCACUCAUGGACAAAAGAAUGACAGAGUCCUCACAGCUCUCAGCAGGGGCUUCUGUCCUGAUCUGGAGGUGCUGGAGGUCAACACCAAGCUGGACAGUCAGAACUGUGAACUUCCUGUUUUCAUCCAGGCGCUGCAGAAGGCCUGCCCAAAACUCAAGACCUUCCGGAUGCUGAACGUCAGACCUCUGCAUAAGACGAUGAGAAACUGCUGUGACCCGCCGUCGGGCUUCCCGCUGCUGGAGGAGCUCUGCAUCGCCACCACGUCCUUCUCCUACAUGACCGACAGAGACCUGAUGGACAUUCUGUUUGGCUCCAGCAGGCUGCGCGUGCUGGACCUCCGAGGCUGCUCCCGCAUCACGCCAGCCGGACUGGCAGCGCUGCCCUGUGCUGAGCUGGAGUGUCUGUUCUGGGGACAGUACUUCACCAGCUACAUGGUGUCUUCACUGCCCAAGACGGGGCUCCCCCUGGUCACCGAGAAGUGGGGUCGCACCCUGCAGCAGCUGGACGUGGCCAACCAACUGUUCACAGAGGAGGACCUGGGGCUGGCGGUGGGGCUCCUGGCGCCGGCGGCCGAGGCUGGCAGGCUGCGCUCCCUGAACCUCAGCGGGACCAGGAUCACAGCACAGGCCCUCAGGGGAGUCAUUGGGCAGCAGACGGCCAUGGAGUACCUCAACCUCUCAUCCUGCCGCUACCUUCCAAGAGGAAUGAAAAAGAUUUACAGGCAACAAGAGGAAAUCCGACAGCUGCUGGACAAACUGGAAUAGAUCUCUUAUGUUCUUCUGGAAAUCCAAACAGGGGAGACUUCUUUGUUGUUUAUACCUGGAUUUUACCUCCUCUCUCUUUUAUAAAGUUUUAGAUAUGAUACAAUUCACUUAAUUUAGAACAGUUUAGGGGCCAAAUAAGUGGUGAAAUUCAGCUACAACACUCCAAUAAACCCAAUUUAAAAAUGGACUUUCUCUCUGAAACGGUCGUUUUCCAGAUGUUUUUCUCAGUUUGCAGUAUAAUUGGGGUUUUUGGAUCCUAAAAUGCAAAACUUGAGGACAUUUACUUUUAUACAUUUCAGUUAUUUGUAUACUUUUUUCAUCUUAUUUAAAAAUAAAAGUGUCAGUUGUAAAUUUGAAGCAGAAAUAAAAGUUAAAAAACAACUUUGAGGUUGCCAUUGUAUUAAAUGAUCAAACUCUUAACCCUUUUAAACUUAGUGAAUUUUUGCUUAUGGCCCU